GUGGGAUAUUUCGUAAUUAACAAAUAUUAAAGACAUAAAGAAAAGGAAAAUAACAAAAGAAAAAGGGAACUAGGGCAAAAAAAAAAAACACAGAACACAGCUGCAAAUCCCUCAAUAAUCCCCUCAAAAAUAAAAUUACUAAAGAAAUCGAAGUGAUUUUUGUCUUCCCCACCGUCAUAACAUACAAAACCAAUACACACACAUAAUAUAUAUAUACAUCGCUCUAUCUAUCUGCUGAAUUUUGCCUUCUCCAAAUCAUAUCCUUAAUCGUGAAAAAAGGAAUCGAGUAAUGCAACAACAAGGUGAAACGUCGGUGUUGAGUUUGAGACCCGGUGGUGGUGGCGGCGGCGGAAGCAGGCUUUUCGUACCGCGUUUUAGCUCCUCUUCCUCUUCUGAUCUUACCAAUGUUGGCGGCGAAGAAACUACUUUUGUCGUCAAGAGAGGAGACGGUGGUGAGCGUUUGAAAUUUACCCGAGAACAGUUGCUUCAGCUGAAAGAGACGAUCCAAGUCUCUGUUGAGAUUCUGAGACGCAGUAAGGAAAUCUCGCCGGAGCUUUUCGGCGAAGAGCAGAGUUGGGUUGGUCGUGCAGCUGAGAGUAAACCAUCAAACCAACCUCAUAAUCGUCAUACCGAGACUGAUAACCGUGACUGGCAUAGCCGUGCUCCGGUCUCAAUCCCUGCUAAAGAAUGGUCAAGGGACGAAGGUAGAGAGGCUAAAAAUCCAUCUAACCAAGUGUCUGGUCCUCCUCCUAAGCUGGUGAAAGCAGAGGUCCCAUGGUCAGCUAAAAGAGGAGCUCUUUCGGAUAAGGACCGUGUCCUCAAGAGCGUGAAAGGUAUUCUGAACAAGCUUACUCCUGAGAAGUAUGAGCUUCUCAAAGGCCAAUUGAUUGACUCUGGCAUCACUUCUGCGAAAAUCCUAGAGGGAGUGAUACGGCUGAUUUUCGAGAAUGCUGUACUGCAGCCAACGUUCUGUGAGAUGUAUGCUCUUCUGUGCUGUGAUAUCAAUGGGAAGCUCCCUUCGUUUCCAUCGGAGGAGCCCGGAGGGAAGGAAGUAACUUUCAAACGAGUCCUUUUGAAUAACUGCCAAGAGGCAUUCGAAGGUGCUAAAAAGGGUAUGGAAGAGAUCAGAAAGAUGACCAAUCCAGACCAAGAGAUGGAGAGAAUGGAUAAGGAGAAGCUUGCGAAGCUCAGGACUUUAGGGAAUCUCCGUCUGAUUGGUGAGCUUCUGAAGCAGAAGAUGGUUACAGAGAAGAUAGUUCAUUACAUUGUACAAGAGCUUAUAGGCGAUGACAGUAAAGCUUGCCCAGCAGAUGGAGAUGUCGAGGCUCUAUGCCAGCUUUUCAUAAUCAUCGGGAAGCAACUCGACGAGAACCCAAGAUCUCGAGGCGUGAACGACAUGUACUUCCUUCGUUUGAAGAACAUAGCAACGCACCCUCAGCUAGAGCUUCGUCUCAGAUUCAUGGUCCAGGACGUUAUCGAUCUCCGAGCUCACAAAUGGGUACCGAGGCGUGAGGAGGUGAAAGCAAAGAAAAUCACUGAGAUCCAUUCAGAGGCAGAGAGGAAGCUCGGGUUACGCCCUGGCGCGAUGGCUAGUAUGAGAAACAACAGCAACAACAACAACAACCGUGGCGCAGAGAGUAGUAUUGGCUCUGGAAACAUCCUUGGCCGUCCUGGUACCGGAGGAAUGAUGCCUGGCAUGCCGGGAGCUACUAGGAAGAUGGCUAUGGAUGAAGACGGCUGGGAGAUGGCGCGUACUCGGUCCAUGCCACGAGGCAACAGACAUGCUGUUGCUGCGCGUGGUCAGCCUUCUCCUGCUGUCAACAAGUCACUCUCAGUCAACUCAAGGCUGCUUCCUCAGGGCAGUGGAGGCUUGCUCAAUGGUGGUGGUAGUAGUAGGCCAAGCGCUCUUUUGCAAGGUAACGGUUCAGCUCCUCAAGCCCCUAAACCCGUUCCAACCGUCGAGAAGCCGAGACCUCAGCCUCAGCCACAGGCGGUGGCUCCUCUCGCUACUAGCCUGAGCGUGGGAGAGCUUGAAAGAAAGACUAAGUCGCUUCUUGAGGAGUAUUUCGGUGUUCUUUUAUUGGAUGAGGCAUCUCAAUGCGUUGAGGAGCUAAAAUCUCCUUCAUACCACCCGGAGCUUGUCAAAGAAGCGGUCUCACUCGGUCUAGAGAAGAACCCUCCGUGCGUUGAACCAGUUUUCAACCUCUUGAAACAUCUGAUGACAAAGAAUGUUCUGGCUAGUAAAGAUGUAGGUGCCGGUUGUUUGCUGUACAGCUCUAUGUUGGAUGACAUUGGAAUCGAUCUGCCAAAAGCACCAAGCAGCUUCGGAGAGAUCCUUGGGAAGUUGGUCUCGGUUAAUGUCUUGGGUUUCGAGAUGGUUAAAGAGGUUUUGAAGAAGAUGGAAGAUGAAUGGUUCAGGAAAACUGUGUUUGAUGCGGUGGUAAAGAGCGUUGGCGAGAGUCCAACGGGACAGUCUGUUUUGGAUUCGCAGGCGGCGGAGGUCGAAGCUUGUCGGAGUUUGCUCUGAAAGUGCUUCUUGCCGGCCAAGUUUUGAACAUUUUCUUGAGUAGUCUGAAUUCUGUUUUAUACAACUUGGAAAUAUUUUUAUUUAGUUCUGUUACCUUUUUUUCUCUUUAUUAUAGUAGUUUUUUUUUUCCAUUCUUGAGUUUUGAAACAUUUCAGGAUGAGAAAAGAAAAAUAUACAUUUGUUGA